AUGGCCGCCACCUUCACCGUGCUCCUCCUGCACCCUUCACCGUCCUCCUCCUGCACCCUUCACAGUGCUCCUCCUGCACCCUUCACAGUGUUCCUCCUGCACCCUUCACAGUGCUCCUCCUGCAACCCUUCACAGUGUUCCUCCUGCACCCUUCACAGUGCUCCUCCUGCGCCCUUCACAGUGCUCCUCCUGCACCCUUCACAGUGCUCCUCCUGCACCCUUCACAGUGUUCCUCAUGCACCCUUCACAGUGCUCCUCCUGCACCCUUCACAGUGCUCCUCCUGCAACCUUCACAGUGCUCCUCAUGCACCCUUCACAGUGCUCCUCCUGCACCCUUCACAGUGCUCCUCCUGCACCCUUCACAGUGCUCCUCAUGCACCCUUCACAGUGCUCCUCCUGCAACCUUCACAGUGUUCCUCAUGCACCCUUCACAGUGCUCCUCCUGCAACCCUUCACAGUGUUCCUCAUGCACCCUUCACAGUGCUCCUCCUGCACCCUUCACAGUGCUCCUCAUGCACCCUUCACAGUGCUCCUCCUGCACCCUUCACAGUGCUCCUCAUGCACCCUUCACAGUGCUCCUCCUGCAACCCUUCACAGUGUUCCUCAUGCACCCUUCACAGUGCUCCUCCUGCACCCUUCACAGUGCUCCUCCUGCACCCUUCACAGUGCUACUCCUGCACCCUUCACAGUGCUCCUCAUGCACCCUUCACAGUGCUCCUCCUGCAACCCUUCACAGUGUUCCUCAUGCACCCUUCACAGUGCUCCUCCUGCACCCUUCACAGUGCUCCUCCUGCACCCUUCACAGUGCUCCUCAUGCACCCUUCACAGUGCUCCUCCUGCACCCUUCACAGUGCUCCUCAUGCACCCUUCACAGUGCUCCUCCUGCAACCCGUCCUCCUAACUGCACGACGCAUUUUGACGUAA